UGUAUGUAUGUAUGUAUGUAUGUAGGUAUGUAUUUAUGUAUAUCUGUACACACACACACACUUCCUGGAAAAACCAUAUUUGGCAAAGUUUUUCUAGUAAAAAUGUUGGGGUAAUUAAAACCCAUCCUUACUACUUCACCUUUCCUUGUGAAAAUGCAGGAAUGGAAAUCUUGAUAGAAUCUGAAGCGAUGGGGUGUGGGGAGAGCUGUAACCUGUUUCUGCUUUGGUUUGAUAUUUUCAAGCUUCCUGCUUUAAAAUAAAAUCUUUGAAAAGUACAAAUACAGCUUUUUGAUAUUUCUGUGCAAAUAGCAGGUAUCCAAUACCUAAAUGCAAAUUAUAAUUUUGCAUAAAUUUAUAAAUUUAGGGCCAUAUCCAAACUUUUAGGGAUAAAACUUGUUUUUCAAGGAAUUUAACUAAUUGCCACCCUGGAUUGUUCUAUAAUUCCAGGUCUGUUUAAGAUGUCAUGGAUAAACUUUAUAAUAUUUUAAAUAAAAUUUCCUAAGCCCCACUCUUUACAUGUCCGAUCUCUAUUCUGUCAUCUGUCUCUAUUAAACAAUAUGUCCAUUGCUAAUUGCAGAACUGGCAUUACAAUUAAUAAGCACAUGCCAUAUUCAAGCCAAGGGGUGGGAAAUGGAGAUUAGCCAUGACACGUAUCCCAAAAUCUUUGCCAAAAUCAUUUGGGGAGAAUGGGUCAGAUGGCUUUUCCCAGUACUUAGUGAGAGACAGUGGCCUGCUGAACAUGCCCUCCCCACUCGUUAAAAUAUAUUGUCCUCAAUCAAUUGAAAAGAAACAGUCUUCAUUAAAAAUCAAGGAGCAGAAUUUUGGUAUUCUCCUAGCUAUGACUCUGGUUAUUUGGCCUUCAACUUCUACAACACUCUAGUCAACACUGCUUGGAAUAUAUUAAAAAAAAAUUGGGCUAUGGAAUUAAAACUUUUCAAAAGAAAAUCCAAGACCACAGCUGAGAAAAGCUAAGAUAAAUGUAGCAUAAUGCUUCUUUUCAAGGGUGCCUUGGUAUUGAGGCUCAGUCUUUGCAAAGUCAGUGAACUAUACUUUCCUGUAAGCAACCUAUCCUUCCCCCUUAUUAAUCAAAUUCUGGGAUUGCUACAUUUUGUGGUAGUGUUUUUGCCUUUCAUGGCCCCUAUAAUCCACCUCUCUAGUCCCCUCUGCAUUUCACCAUUUGCUGUAAUCACUGCAAUCUCCGGGAAAAGCCCAGAUGAAUUCUCAGCAGCCUGACCAACUUUUCCGGAAAGAUCCAGGACAGCAGCGGCAACAGCAGUGGCCCCAAGGAGGACAGCAGCAGCACUCUAGAUUGCAUCUUGAUAGGUCUCUGUAAGAGGUCUCUGCCAUCCAUAACGAGGUGUCAAAUCGGCCGCCUCGACUAGGUUGGUUCCCUGGCCCUGCUUCUUUCACAGUCUUACUGGGGUGGGGGGGGGGGCAUCCAGCUCCACACCCCACCUCCCAAUUGCCCAGAUGAAUUGCAACUGGCUUCGGAAGGAUUUCUCCGCACGUUGCUCCCUAAUCACUUUCCCCAGUUGAAAGGGAAAGUUAAGGACCUUCCUGAGCAAUAGGACUCUGGGAGGGACGGGACGCUACACUGCACCGGCGCGUCGACCACCCUGUAUUCUACUGGCCAUUUCGACAAUGCAGAGAAGUCUUCCCACACCUCGAGUUUUCGUGAGAAAAGGGAGCCAGUUUGCAGGCUUAAUGUGCACAGAAAGAUGAUUUUCACUCCGGAGAACAUGGGGAAGGGAUUACCCGCUAUGAGGAAACAGUGGGUACAGUGGGUAAGUGCGCGCGCACGAAAACCACCCGCCUCCGAUUCAGAUAGGAGGUGGAAAGGCCAGAGACUGGCGAGAGUUUUGCGGCCAGGCGGCGAGGGACGAGGAAGGCCUAGUGGUAAAGCCGUUCCCCCUCGGUGUCAGUGCGGCUCCCGCGCCUGUCAAAAUCUCGCUGAAGAGACUUGAGAAAGCAAUAAACCGCAUGGUGGGCGGCCUCGCCUGCAGCUUUGUGUUUCUGGCGACAGAAAAGUCCAGCGAACCUCACUCACAGCUCCGAUCCAAAAACCAGAGAGGGGCUGGCCGGAAUCCUGCUACGUUAUCCUUUCGCGCCCGCUGAAAAUACCGCCGAAACACGGGAGUCCCUGGCUCCUCUUUCAUAAUAUCUUGGUCAGGUCUGGCUCCAGGUUUCCAGAGAGAAGGCGCGAAAGUACGAGGCGGGUUCGGUCAAAGGGUAGAAAGGGCGCAGUUAAGGGCACCAACGUUGCAGCCGCCGGGGUAGGACUCGCGCGGGGAUCCGGCGACGAUCCUAACAGUCCCGUUCGGCGAGCCGAGCAACUUUUCACCGUGGUGGGCAGACCAAGCUUCCUCCCACCCAGAACGCGCGCGCACCUGGCCUGCCUGACGCGGCGGUGGAAAAGGCGGUGCGCCCCAUCUCCGCGCCAGGUACCCGGUGCGCGGGUUAGGCGUGGAGCGCUGCGCUGACGGAUCCGGGUUCGGCUGGCUCUUGGCACGGCUAGGCUGCGGUAGCAGCUGAGGAGGAUCUCGCCACCUGCCGCCCACAGCCCAGGCUCCCCGGCCCUGGAGAGAAAGAGCGCGGCGAAACCCGAGCUCAUUGUGGAAACUGAAGAAUUAGCACUUCUUAACCAAUCACUCUGAAGCUUUGAUUCUUCCCUGAGGCCUCUCAAGUUUUCUUCUUUGGAUAAUUUCUUUCUGCAGAGUGAGGUCUUUUUUCCAGUUCAGCCAUGACGACCUCAGCCUUGCGUCGACAAGUGAAAAACAUUGUGCACAAUUAUUCUGAAGCAGAAAUCAAGGUGCGUGAGGCCACCUCCAAUGACCCCUGGGGACCCCCCAGCUCUUUAAUGUCUGAGAUUGCUGACUUGACCUUCAAUACAGUGGCUUUUGCAGAGGUCAUGGGUAUGAUCUGGAGACGGCUGAAUGACAGUGGCAAGAACUGGCGUCAUGUCUACAAGGCCCUGACUCUUCUGGACUACCUCAUUAAAACAGGCUCAGAGAAGGUGGCUCAUCAGUGCCGGGAGAAUCUGUAUACCAUUCAGACUUUAAAGGAAUUCCAGUACAUAGACCGUGAUGGCAAAGACCAGGGCAUCAAUGUUCGUGAAAAGGUGAAGCAGGUGAUGAGCCUGCUGAAGGAUGAAGACAGGCUGAAGCAGGAAAGAGCCUACGCCCUGAAAACCAAAGAGCGGAUGUCCGUUGAAGGGAUGGGCAUUAGCAGCAGCAAUAGCAACAGCCACCAGCUUGCCUAUGGACGGCGGGCCUCACAGUAUGGCGAUGAUUACAGCAGAUCAAGAGGUUCUCCAUCCUCCUUUAAUUCUUCUUCAUCAUCACCUCGGUUCAACUCUGACAUGGAGCAGGCGAGGCCACAGACCACUGGUGAAGAGGAGCUCCAGCUCCAGCUUGCCCUGGCAAUGAGUCGAGAAGAAGCAGAAAAGCAGCCACUUCCUCCAGUCUCCAGCACAGAUGAAGAUCUGCAAUUACAGAUAGCGCUUACCCUGAGCAAACAAGAGCAUGAGAAGGAAGUUAAGGCAUGGAAAGGAGAAAAUUCAUUACUACAAAAGGCACUGGAAGAAAGUAACCUGGGUGUUGAGGAAGUUGAAGAAGAUGAUAAGGGAAAGAAAACACAGUCUUCUGUGUUGGAGCUGGCAGACAUUUUUGGACCAGCACCAGUCACCUCUACCCAUACUUCUGCUGACCCAUGGGAUAUUCCAGAUACCAAAUCUCCUGUGGAAUCAACAGGAACAUCAUGGGGUCCUUCUGCAGACCCUUGGGUGCCAUUACCUUCGGAGGAUCCUCUGACUCACUCUUCUGCUGGUCAAGCUUCUUCCAGCCCCUGGAAUCUUCCUCCUGUCUCUUCUGCCUCUGAUCCAUGGGGGAUAAAAUCAUUGCCUUCAGGUAUCUCAUUGACAGACCCCUGGGGAAAACAGUCACCACCUGCUCCACUCUCUACAAGUGUCACUUCUGCUGCUGAUCCUUGGGGAGGUUCUAUGGAUAAUUCCUCUGCCCCUGACAAUAGUACAUUUGACUUAUUUGCAAAAUUACCCGAAUCUGUGGACCAACCAGAACAUGAAAGUUCUCAGGCCUCAUCUUCUGUGAAAGGCAAUAGCUCUGGAGAUGUGGAUCUGUUUGGUGACUUUAUUCCAAGCACCGCCGAGAAUGGAAUUCAAAAUAAAGAUAUUUUUGAUAUUGCAAGUUUAGGAGAUUCUUUACCUGAUUCAAAGGAGAAGGACAACAAAGCACCAGAGACCUUUCUUGGCCCCAAUGCCUCUUCCUUGGUUAACUUGGAUUCCUUGGUUAAUGUCCCCCAGAGCGUGAAGUCACGUAAUCCAUUUCUGGCAGGACUCAGUGCCCCUUCACCUACCAAUCCGUUUAAUGUUGAUCAGCCCAAACCAACUCUCAAUCAGAUGCGGACCAGCUCCCCAGUGCCUAGUGUUCCUAUGGGGAUGCCAAUGAACUCUAUGACCUACAGUGCUUCUCUCCCUCUUCCGCUCAGUAGCAUCCCCUCAACGAUAACUCUCCCAGCCUCUGUGAGUGCCUUCCCUCAGGCUGGAGAAGGGCCUUUCCCAGAGCUACCUGGCAACUUGCCUCAACCUCUCCUACCACUCUCUGGCUCAAUCCCACCACCAUUAGCUUCACAAAGUGGUAUGAACCCUUUUCUCUGAAAAGACUUGAUUGGUAACAUAUGAUGUAUCCCUUACUUCUUUACCAAUGGUUAUGGAGGAUCUCCCGUGCAAAGCACAUUUGUUUUGAAGCAAGCAUCUCCCUGGAAGUUCUGAUCCAAGAGACUCAGCAUGAAUCUCCUUGCUCAAUGAGAUAUUGUACAAAGAAACAACUGUCCCAUCAGGUUGAACAUUGCCUAUAGUCUGCUGCUGAUGGCAGAUGACAUCGUUUUGAUGGAUUAAACAGGAGGUUGGAGGGCAGUUCUGCAGAAGGGCAUUUCUUUUUCUAAGGAUCUCUGCUCUCCUGCUUUUAUGUUGGCACAAAUAGUGACUAAAUUGAACAAAAAAAAAGAUUACUUCUUCAAUGUGAAGGAAAGAAAUUAUUUUAUAGUUUGCAUGGAAAUACACAAAUAAUUGCCAAGGCUUACAGCUCUACUUCCUGCAUGGCAAGGGCACAGUCUCAUUCCUGGGAAUCUUGACAGCUCAGCAAAUUUUGCAAUGCCAUAUGCAAAGGGAGAAGAUUUGAUUUUUAUUUUUAUUUUUUUUGCUACAGUCACUUUUACUGGGUUGCCUAAAGGAAACCUUCUGUUUCUUGCUAUUUCCACUCAGUCACAUUUUCAUCAAUUGUCUUCUAGCACAUCUUUUAGUUUGCUUGCGAGUUUUGGAUACUCUUAAAUUUAGCGAGGGACCAGUAUGAAGGUAGGAGCUACAUAGAAGGAAAUAAUAUUUUUUUUAAAAAAGAGCAAUCAAUGCACUGUGUGGAUACAGUGGCAAGAAUGCUGAUCCAUGAAAGGGAUGGCCAACAGAGUUAUAAACUCCAACUCUCUAGAAAUAUCUGACCAAACUUUGGCUUCUAAAUCAAAUGUCUCCCAUAUCCCCAACAAAAAAUUAGGUCCCAAUCCCAGGCAUUCCAAAUUCUGAAGAUGCUGCCACACUUUGCAUUAAGAGCUGAUAGUUCUUCCUGUUCCUAUUUGCUACUCUACUAUUGUUGUAUUAAAUCUGACAUCACUGCUGUUCUGCUUCUGAUA